AUGUGUAAAGUGAAGCAUAAGCGCAGCAGCAAGUCGAAACGAGUGAAGGAGAUCAAAGAAAGUCAUUCAGAGGAAGAUUCCGGGUCGUCCCAAAGUGAUUCGUCUUCGGAUGAAAGUGAUGAACUCGAAAUUGGAAAAAAUUGGGACAACUCGGAAAGUGGUGGAAGUGUUCACGCUGACUUGGACCUUAAGUUCGCGAAAAAGUGGAAAUCAGUGAAGUGCGAGCUCGAUACAGGAGCAAAUACCAGCCUAAUCGGCGUCGAGUGCUUGGCAAAGCUCACAAGUGAAGCGAAUCCAGCUCUGCUCUCGUCGAAAUAUCGCCUGCAAAGCUUCGGCGGCAACCCUAUCAACGUCCUAGGGCAAGUGAAGAUUCCCUGUCGCCGAAAUGCCAAGCGGUACAAGCUGGUUCUGCAGGUCGUGGAAGGCGAUCACCGUCCUUUGCUGUCAGCCAAAGCGUCUCGAAUUUUGGGAUUCGUCAAGUUCUGCAAAGCUGUUUCAUUUGGGAAGCCUGAUGGGUCACCACAGAACCUUUUGAACGGCCUCGGCAAGCUGGCUGGACCGAUUUCUUUGGAUGUAGACGACAGCAUUCCACCGGUGAUUCAACCACCGCGUCGUGUGCCCAUCGCGAUGCGGGACAAGCUGAAGAAGGAGCUGGAGUCGUUGGAAGAGCAGGGAAUCAUCGUGAAGGAGACAACGCACACGGACUGGUUCGUCACACUUGACGAGAUUCUACCGGAACUUGGACAGGCCCGAGUUUUUUCCACGGUGGACGCCAAGAAGGGGUUCUGGCACGUCGUACUCGAUGAAGCCAGCAGCAAACUGACGACCUUUUGGACGCCUUUUGGUCGUUUCCGCUGGAUCCGUUUGCCGUUCGGAAUCGCCCCUGCACCCAAAAUCUUCCAGAUGAGAUUGCAAGAAGUCAUUCAGGGGCUGAAAGGCGUUGAAUGCAUAGCGGACGAUUUGCUGGUAUACGGAGUUAGAAACAUCCUGGGAGAAGCGCUAAAAGACCACAACAAUUGCCUGGAACGACUCCUCACUCGUCUAGAGGAGCACAACGUAAAGCUAUAUCGAUCCAAACUUAAGCUGUGUCAAACUUCGGUUAAGUUUUACGGGCACGUAUUGACUGACGAAGGGAUCAAGCCGGACGAGAGCAAGAUUGCGACGAUCAAGAACUAUCCGACCCCUACCAACCGCAAAGAAGUCCAUCGCUUCAUAGGUAUGGUCAACUAUCUGAGUCGAUUCCUGAACAACCUCAGCGCCAGCUUGACGAAUCUCCGUAGGCUGAUCGUUGAGUCCGUUCCCUGGCAGUGGACGCAAGUCGAGGAAGAAGAGUUUCAACGGGUUAAAUCUCUCGUGGCGGAUACCGGAACCCUACGGUAUUACAACAUGCAGCAACCACUGACCAUAGAGUGCGAUGCAAGCUGUUUUGGUCUCGGCGUUGUGGUUUAUCAGCAGGACGGAGUUAUCGGAUACGCCUCGCGGACUCUUACCAAGACGAUCCUCUUUGCGUGCGUACGGUUCGAUCAGCUGAUCGUAGGAAAUCCCAUGACAACCAUCAAGACGGAUCACAAACCUCUCAUCAGUUUGUUCCGAAAACCACUCCUGGCGGCCCCCCGCCGGCUCCAGCACAUGCUGCUUAACCUGCAGCGGUAUCGGUUUUUCAUUGUGUUCGUCUCUAGGAAGGAAAACGUCGUCGCAGACGCUCUAUCGCGAGCCCCGAUUCUCGAGGAGGAGCCAGCGGAUCAGUACCAAAAACUCAACAUUUGCAGAUUUUCCGGUGAACUCGAAGAAGUUCGCCUCAGCAGCUACUUGAGCGUUUCGGAUAGUCGUCUGAAGGAAAUCGAAUCCGAAACAAAGAAGGACCAAACGAUGCAGCUGAUAGCCGACUACAUUCAGCAUGGUUGGCCGCUAUCCGCUGACCGGGUCCCGGAUGGAGCAAGGAUUUACUUCGGUUAUCGCAACGAGCUCUGUACACAGGAUGGACUAGUUUUUCGCGGAGAUCAAAUCUUGGUUCCGCACAGUCUUCGUCGCAAACUGGUCGAAUGCUGCCACGUGAGCCACAACGGAGUGGAGGCGACGUUGAAGCUAGCCAGGAACAACCUUUUCUGGCCAGGGAUGAGCACACAAAUAAAGGACGUCGUGAUGCAGUGUGCUGUGUGUGCCAAGUUCGCAGCGUCUCAGCCCAAUCCUCCAAUGUUGAGCCACACCAUCCCGAUCCAUCCUUUCCAGCUGGUCUCGAUGGAUGUCUUCCUGGCGGAGUAUCGUGGUGCCAAGCGCAAAUUUCUGGUAACCGUUGACCACUACUCCGACUUCUUCGAAGUGGACAUCCUCAAGGAUUUGACUCCGGAGGCCGUCAUCGCAGCGUGCAAGACAAACUUUGCGCGCCACGGAAAGCCAAUGUUCGAGUUUGCGCGAGAUUGGGAUUUCGAGUUUGUUACUUCGUCGCCCCAUCACCAACAAGGAAACGGAAAGUCUGAGGCGGCCGUUAAGAUCGCCAAACGGUUGCUUAAGAAGUCUGAAGAAACGGGAGCCGACUUCUGCUGCAUCGGAACUCCGAUGCGAUUACACCGCCUGUCCCGCAACCGUCGCAGCACAACUCCGAGGCAGUUUCACUGA